CCAGCGGGCGUCGUCAUAUACCAGCUUGCGUACUCUUGCGUGUGUCCGAGACAUUUGGGCUCCCGUCCGUCUCAGUUACUAUCCCCAACAUUCUCCUCUUUUAGACUUUUCGCUACUUGCAACCUUUCUACAUCAAUUCCAGCUGCUACUUCAGUGCGGUUGCUGCACACACCUCUAGACGAUGAUGCAUAAAGAUACAGAUCAGUUGCUGAGAUCAAUGUCAUCAGUACAUCCGAUCAGUGAUGGCAUUCCUUCACAACAACGACCUCUCACUUACCGCUGGUUUCCAUCAUGGAGAUUUAUGACAUCAAUAAUGCUUUGUUUUUGUUUUGGAUGCGUUCACCUGAUGAACAGUAAUAUGGGAAUGGCCAUUGUCUGCAUGGUCAACUCUUCAGCUACAUAUGAUAAUGAAACAUAUCCAGAAAAUGCUGCUCCACUCCUUGAUUGGUCUUCUGAUGAACAAGGAUACAUAUUCUCUGCAUUUAAUGCUGGUCUUCUUGUUAUGUUGUUCACUGGAGGAAUGGCUGAUAAAUUCAAUGCAAAAUAUAUGAUUCUCGUCAGUGUGGCUAUUGCUUCAUUGGCCAAUUUUACACUUCCAUGGAUGGCACCAAUCAGUGUCUAUUGGGCAAUCUUCAGCCGAUUCUUGGUUGGUUUCGCCGAUGCUCUUUUGCAACCUGCCAUGAACUCGUUGAUCACUAGAUGGUUCCCAACAUCUGAAAGAAGUUAUGCUCUGGGUUUGGCUACGGGUGGAAGACAAAUUGGUACUCUCAUCAUCAUCCCAGCUGCAGGAGCACUUUGUUCUCAAACUGAAAUCUUUGGUGGAUGGCCAUCAAUUUUCUAUCUUUCUGGGUUCAUCGGAGUUCUUUUCAUCUUUUCUUACAUUUUCCUCGGAGCCGACAAACCAUCAAAACAAAGCUGCAUCUCGGAUAAUGAACUGAAAUUCAUCACAAUCUCUAAUCAAUCUGAAGAUGUUGGAAAGAAGAGAACCGAGAGGAAAGUUCCGUGGAAGAACAUUUUGAAAUCUGGAGCUGUUUGGGCAUCUGUCAUUUCUUUGGUGUGCCACGAAUUCCCAUUGAUGACAUUGAUCAUGUUCUUACCUUCAUAUCUUCAUGAUGUUCAUCACUAUCAUUCCACGGAAAACGGUAUCCUCUCUGCACUUCCGACAGUUUCUCUCUGGUUUGCUAAGAUAGGAUCAUCCUACUUGAACACUUGGCUUCAAAAGAACACCACUUGGAAGAAAGACACAAUUUGCAAAGUUCUCAACUCUAUUGGAUCUAUUGGAUUAGGUGUCUUCCUUCUAGCUGCCACAUUCCUUGACAAUGAACAUGCCUGGAUGGCUGUUCUCUUCCUCUGCCUCAGUAUGGCUUCAGCCGGCCUUCACACUCCUGGAUGUCAAUUGGCUCUUGUUUCUGUGGCUCCGGCCUAUUCUGGAGCUGUCACUGGAUUCACAUUCUUCUUUGUCGCAGUUUCUGGAAUCAUUCAUCCAAUUAUCACAAAGAUGAUUGUUAAAGAUCGUACCGCUGCUGAAUGGAAUCUCGUUUUCUACAUUUCAACAGUGAUUGCCAUUUUCCCAAUUAUUAUUUUCAAUGUGUGGGGUUCAACAGAGGUCCAAUGGUGGGCUAAAAGUAAAGCUUCGAUGCAACAAGAACCAAAUAACAAAAAGAUGUCAAAAUCCUCAAAAGCUUCAUCAUCCCCGAGCAUUGAUAGCAUCGACAUGGCAUAGACUUUCAUUGUUUCUUUCUUCUUGCCCAUUUUUGUUCCAUUCUCUCUCAACACUUGUUGCAGGUUUACUCAACUUGUCUGAUCUCUGUCAUCAAUUCAUUUUUUAAUAUUUUCUACCCCCAUUUCUUUCCAUACCAUUUGAACCCAUUGUGUGCCUUUUGCGGGUGGCCAACGGCUCAGAACUACAAUUGUUUGAAUUGAUUGCUUGUGUCAAUUUGAUUUAAUAAUAAAUAUUGAAGCUU